UCCACCCCAACAACCCCCGCCUAGCCUCAACAACCCCCGCCCAGCUAAGGAGCAAAGCAAGCGGGGGUCGACGACGGCGGAGGCCAGUGACAAACACUUCGCCCCUCGUCGCUUCCAAGCCCUGACCCUAACUCUAAACCUAACCGUAACCCUAAUCCAUGGCGGCCUCCACAUCUUCAAUCCGCUCCUCUCUCCUCUCCUCCCCCAAGCUCUCCGGUCCCCGCCUCUCCGGCUUGGUCUCCGGCCACCGUGCCGUCUUCUCCAUCCGCCGUCGCAGCCUUGACUUCCCCUCCCUCGCGUCGCUGUCGGUCUCCCUCCGGUCCGCUCCGAAUCGCUCCACGAUGUCCGAGAGCGCCGCGCCGGUGGUGGAAGGGACGCCGCAGAAGGCGGAUUCCAGAGUUUCCACGAUCGUGGAGGUCGAUCUUGGGAACCGGAGCUACCCUAUCUACAUCGGCUCCGGCCUGCUUGACGAACCCGAUCUUCUCCAGAGGCAUGUUCACGGGAAGAGGGUUCUGGUGGUAACUAACACUACGAUUGCACCACUGUAUCUUGACAAAGUUAUCAAAGCGUUGACUCAUGGGAAUUCGAAUGUUUCCGUUGAGAGCGUGAUUUUACCUGACGGAGAAGCAUACAAGGACAUGGAAACAUUGAUGAAGAUCUUUGAUAAGGCCAUAGAGUCUAGGAUGGAUCGGCGUUGUACCUUUGUGGCACUGGGUGGUGGAGUCAUCGGUGAUAUGUGUGGGUUUGCUGCUGCUGCCUUUCUUCGUGGUGUUAAUUUCAUUCAGAUUCCAACUACUCUAAUGGCUCAGGUGGAUUCAUCAGUUGGGGGGAAAACUGGAAUAAACCAUCCACUGGGGAAAAACUUGAUUGGCGCCUUCUACCAACCACAAUCUGUACUUAUAGAUACCGACACUCUAAUUACAUUACCUGAUCGGGAACUGGCUUCGGGUAUAGCAGAAGUUGUGAAGUAUGGGCUCAUUAGAGAUGCAGAUUUCUUUGAAUGGCAAGAAAAGAACAUGCAGGGACUGUUAGGAAGGGACCCAAGUGCCUUAGCAUAUGCUAUCAAGCGAUCAUGUGAAAACAAAGCUGAGGUCGUUGCAUUGGAUGAGAAGGAAAGUGGGCUGCGGGCAACCUUGAACUUGGGUCAUACAUUUGGUCAUGCUAUUGAGACAGGCUUUGGCUAUGGACAGUGGCUCCAUGGUGAAGCUGUUGCAGCUGGAAUGGUGAUGGCAGUUGACAUGUCCCGUCGUCUAGGCUGGAUUGAUGGUACAAUUGUAAAGCGGGUCCUUGACAUCCUACAGAAGGCUAAGCUUCCAACAGAACCACCUGAGAUGAUGACAGUGGAGAAGUUUAGAACUGCUAUGGCUGUUGAUAAAAAGGUGGCUGAUGGAUUGCUAAGGCUCAUCCUUCUUAAAGGUCCUCUGGGCAACUGUGUUUUCACCGGCGAUUACGACAGGAAGGCCCUUGAUGACACUCUUCAUGCCUUCUGCAAGAGCUGAAGCUUUUAGCUGUGAAGUCGUCUUAAGUUCUUUGUGUACAAACAUGAUCAGGAAUACAGUACAAACAUGUCAUUUACGCAUUUAUUCUUCUCAUCUUAUUCUAAAAGAUGCGAGUGACCAAGAGCUGAAGCUUUUAGCUGUGAAGUCGUCUUAAGUUCUUUGUGUACAAACAUGAUCAGGAAUACAGUACAAACAUGUCAUUUACGCAUUUAUUCUUCUCAUCUUAUUCUAAAAGAUGCGAGUGACAAGUUAUUGUUU